AUGGGAAAGAAGAUUAUCAUCGACACCGAUCCGGGCAUCGACGAUGUCCUCGCCCUUUUGCUGGCUCUGUCCGCCACCCCGGAGGAGGUAGAGGUUCUCCUCAUUUCAUUGACAUUUGGUAAUAUCGAAAUAGAGAGCUGUCUUCGCAAUGCAGUAUCGAUGUUCCACAUACUCGAGCGGGAGAUGCAAUGGCGCCGCGAGAACGGCCGACCUGCAGGCUUCGAUAGCUUGAGAGCUUUCCGUCCUAUAUUGGCUGUCGGAGCAGAGAAACCUCUCGAAAACCAGAAACUGCUUGCGGACUACUUUCAUGGAACGGACGGACUUGGUGAUAUUCACACAACGCACCCGCAUCUCACCGCUAAUAAGGCAUGGGAACACCUCUUCGCUAAAACUAUGGAGAACGGUGGAAUUGAGCCUGCCGAGAACUGCACAGGCCCCGACGACCACGCAUUCACCCCAUCCAAGCUUCCAGCACACAAGGAGAUUCUCCGCGCACUCCGUGAUAACGAGCCAGAUUCAGUGACCCUGGUAGCAGUGGGCCCGCUCACAAAUCUGGCUUUGGCUGCAGCAGAAGACCCAGAGACAUUCCUCCGCGUGAAAGAGGUAGUCGUCAUGGGCGGCGCUAUCAACGUGCCAGGAAAUGUGACACCAACGGGCGAGUUCAAUGCCUACGCAGACGCAGUGGCAGCCGCGCGUAUUUUCGCACUCACUUCGCCCAACCCUCAAACGACAAUCCCACCCACAAAGAGUGACAGACUCCCACCAUACCCCCAAACCCUCAGCCGGCAACUGACCCUGCGUCUUUUCCCGCUCGACAUCACCCUCCGCCACAAUCUAUCACGCGGCCAGUUCCGGGAGGCUAUCACGCCUCUUUUGGCUGCCGGAUCCCCGCUCGCCGAGUGGGUGGAUGCCUUCAUGGGACACACCUUCAGGACCUUGGAGCGUCUGCACCCUGGACACGUUGGUGACGAUGCCCUGCUGAGUCUGCACGACCCGGUGUGUGUCUGGUAUGCUUUGACGUCCGAUGACCCCAAGUGGGUUUACUCGAAGAACUCGCCUGAGGAUAUCCGGAUCGACAGCUUGGGCCAAUGGACUCGCGGUAUGUGCGUUGUCGACCGUCGCAACCGCUACCGCAUCGACGGUGAGGAGGAGAGCUUGAGUGACCAUGGUCUCUGGCUGAGUGGUCGUGCUGGAAAUCGCAUCUGGCGGAUGGAUGGAUCACCUGUGGCGGAUAACUUUGGUCAGGUUAUGAUUGAUAGGGUCUUCAAGUAA